UGUGGAUGAAUGGGUAAAAAUCGCAAGCCUCGCCUAGCUGUAUCAGAGGAAGUGAUAUAAAGCAGUCAGUGCUGGUGUCUUUGUAAGCCUCUCACAAACAAACUCAUAAAAAUGCAUAAUUUAGGGAAAUCGGAUUCUUACAUUGCUAUAAUUAUUACAAAAACUUUACUGUAGUAUGUUAAAUAAGAGUUUAACCAAAUAUGGAAUAUAUACUGCAUUUGGACUACUGGAUUAUAUUAUUCACUCGUAGCAAAAUCUAAUACAGGAAACUUUCGAAUGAAUGACUGAAUGUUUUGAACUGUUAUCCACAUACAGAUACAAAACAUAUAGUAGUUAGCUGCCUGGGUAUUGGAUAACACAUGCUGCAACUAUCUAUAUGACCAUGAUUAUCUACCAUCUACCACCCUGGUCUUAUCUGUAUGGUGGUUGGAACUCUCUUUUAAUAUGGAUUUUCUAUUUGGGUAUGAUUUAAAUAAUAAUAUACUACUUUCCAUGCACCGUUCAAAUUAAAGAGAAAUAUUAAGUGACUGUGUAAAUGUCAUGCUUAAACAUAAACACAUAAAAAAAUAUUACUUCUCUUUAAUCUGAUCGUAAAUAUAACAAUGGUCAUGUUUAAGGAAUGAUACGAUUCUCUACAAUCUACAUGUAGUUUUUUUUGGUGGCGUGCUUUUCCAGUACUACCUAUAUAAUGCAAACAAUUUCUAUGAGAUAUUAGUAUUUUACUUGAAUUAAAAGUAACUAUGUUUUGCUUCACUAUAUUUUGUAAACCAAUUGUGGCUAUCUUAAUCAUUUUAGUAGCCUCAACGAAAUCUUCUUCCACGCCAAAUAGAGAUAGAGGUCCUCCCAAUCUUAGCGGAAGUAAUGAUAAUUCUGGAUCUUCCUUUGGCGGAAAUGAUGAAAAUUCGAAACAAGGUUUUCCCAAUUUCGGUGGGCCUUCUUCUGGUGGGAAUGGAAACUCGAAACAAAGUUUUCCAAACUUUGACAAAACUUUUGAUGGAGGUGAGGAUUCGAAACCAAGUUUUCCGAAUUUUGGUGAAAGUACUGAUAAUUCUGAGUCUUUCUCCGACGAGAAUAAAAGUUCGGGACUAAGAUUCUCUGGAUCGUUUGCAACACCUUUGGGACCUGGAUAUUUCUAUCCUAAUGGAUCUACUGAUAGUACAUCCGAUGAGCAAUAAUUUACCUGGUUGAUAUUCAACGCUGAAAUUUUUGAUGAUAUGUAUAGUAAAAACA